AUGCUGCAGCAGAUCCUGCACGACAUGUACAUCGACCCUGAGCUCCUCGCUGAGCUCAGUGAUGUGCAGAAACACAUCCUCUUCUACAAAAUGCGCGAGGAGCAGCUGAGGCGCUGGCGGGAGCGCGAGGCUUGGGAGGCCCUGGCCCAGGCCGAGGGCCUCAGGCCCACGAAGGUCAAGCGAGCAGCGAGUAACAAGCACAUCCAGUGGCUCCUGGGCGAAGACGGCGAGGUCUGGGUCUGGAUCAUGGGAGAAGGUCCUGGCGACAAGCCCUAUGAAGAGAUCUCGGAGGAGCUGAUUGCAGAGAAGGCCCGGCUGCAGGCCCAGAGGGAGGCCGAGGAGCUCUGGAGACAGAAAGAGGCAGAGAUUACCAAGACGUUCCGGGAUGCUCUGGCCAAUGAGAAAGCCCGGAUCCUGGCAGAGAAGUGGAAAGUGGAGAUGGAGGACCGCAAAGCUGCCAAAGUCCUGGAGGAGCGCAUUCACGAGGAAUUCAAGAGGAAAGAGGAAGAGGAGAGGAAGCGAGGGGAAGAGCAGAUCCGCCUGCAGGAGGAGCGGAGAGCCAGGGAACUCUACUGGACCCUGAAGCAGGCGCAGCUGCAGGGCCAGGCCAGCGAGGACGAGGAGCGCGCGUGGGAGGAGCAGCUGCGUCGGUCUAAGGCAGCUGACGAGGAGAGAAGCCGCCGGGCCCAGCAUGCCCGGGACGAGUACCGGCGCCUUUCGCUCCGUGCCAUCCAGAAGGGCACCGUCGCUGGCCUCAGCUUCAUGUUCCAAGAGCUUGGCCAGAACCAUGAGCAGGAGGCCAGACUCUACCACCACUUUCCGGGCUUGGGUCCGCCACUACCCCUCGCAGUGCCUGUCAGGACUUGGGAGCGCCCACUGCGUCCUGUCUCCAGAGAAGUCAUAGUCCGCUGGUUUAAGGAGGAGCAGCUGCCCCGCCGAGCUGGCUUUGAGAGGAACACCAAGUCCAUCGCCCCCUGGUUUCAUGGAGGAAAUUAUCACUGUUUCAGGGGGAGAGUUGCUGCAGGAACCCUGUGGACAGAGGGACAGCCCACCAGACUACCAUCUGUUAUUUGA